GAGCUUUCUACGCUGACCGGCACUCAAGUCCUGCUGCUGGUGGCCAGCGAGACAGGCCACGUGUAUACGUUUGCCACACGGAAGCUGCAGCCCAUGAUCACCAGUGAGACGGGGAAGGCGUUGAUCCAAACGUGCCUCAACUCCCCGGACUCGCCCCCGCGCUCGGACCCAACCACUGACCAGCGCAUGAGCGCCACGGGCUUUGAGGAGACGGACCUCACCUACCAGGUGUCUGAGUCGGACAGCAGCGGGGAGACCAAGGACGCACUGAAACCAGCGUUUACUGUCACCAACCUGCCGGGGACGACGUCCACCAUCCAGACAGCCCCCACCACCUCGACCUCCAUGCAGGUCAGCAGUGGCCCGUCAUUCCCCAUCACUAAUUACCUUGCACCAGUGUCUGCCAGCAUCAGCCCCAAUGCCGUCACCAGUGCCAACGGGACAGUGCUGAAGACUACCGGAGCUAAUCCAGUGACAUCUGGGGGCCUCAUGCCGAUACCCACCGGCUUCACCCUCAUGUCAGGUGGUACCAUGGCUCAGCAGGUGCCAGUCCAGGCGAUCCAGGUGCACCAGGCGCCGCAGCAAACGUCUCCCUCUAGUGACAGCAGCACUGACCUUACCCAGACCUCUUCCAGCGGAACAGUGACCCUCCCGGCAACCAUCAUGACGUCGUCUGUGCCAACCACUGUUGGUGGCCACAUGAUGUACCCCAGCCCACAUGCGGUGAUGUACGCGCCCACAUCUGGCCUUCCGGACGGUGGACUUGCAGUCCUCAACGCUUUCUCACAGGCGCCCUCAGCGAUGCAGGUGUCCCAUGGCCAGGUCCAGGAUCAAGGUGGCGUUCCCCAAGUGUUCCUGACAGCCCCAUCAGGCACCGUUCAGAUCCCAGUCUCAGCUGUCCAGCUUCACCAGAUGGCUGUCAUCGGGCAGCAGAGCAGCAGUGGCAGCAGCCUGACGGAGCUGCAGGUGGUCAACUUGGACACCUCACACAGCGCCAAGAGUGACUGAGAGGCCUCUGCUGCCGGCCUUGUGCUGUCCCUGGCUUGUCGUGCCAGUGCCAGGGCUGGCAGCAAUUCCUUCUCGUACAGACUGCACCAGUUAUUUAUUGUUGCCUUUUCACGUUUCCUUCAUCCACACAUGCACACACACACACACACGCACCCACGCACAUACACACAGGCAUGCGCGUGGGGCUGCAGGACCCCCCUGGGAUGGAGCUGUGCUGGGGCCG